UUUGCUCCUUGGAAACGAAGGGAAAUUGGGUUGUGUUGUUAAUUUUCGACACGUUUUGCAGAAUUUAAAACAAUUUUAGUCGAAAUGUGAGCGAAAAUUUUACUGAAAUGGCGUCUGUUAUUUACGAAAAUAAUCGAGCUAUUGUUGGAAGUUGGGUGAGUGAUAUUUUACUAAUUUUUGCAUAAUUUCUAGUGCCAAAAAUCCCCAAACUUAACGCUAAAUAUUUGUACCUCGUGUUACAAAUUAUUAUAAUUUCAUGUCUGUCAUGUAUUAAUGCCAACAAGCUUAAGUCUGACACAGUAAACAGUAUAAACGUUUGUGUGGUUUCAAAAUUAUAUACUUAAUUGGUAAUUCAUCAAUAUUAUAUAUAAACAAGUUUUGAUAUAGAAUAUUCAUUAUUCAAUAUUGUUUACCAGUGCCAUAGCAAGCUCGAUAUUUAAAUUGGGGGGGGGCUGAUAUUCAUAUAUUCGUGUUCACAGACCAUAAAAACAAUCGAUUUCAAAAGAAAUUAAUAAUGCAGAACACAAAUAUAUAAAUAUCAGCCCCCCCCCAAUUAUCGAGCUUGCUACGGCACUGUUUACAAUUUUUUACAAAAUAAUUUAUGAAUUUUUUCUCGAUUUUUUACAGUAUCCAACAAGUUUCCAUGGCCACUUCAGAAAUCGUCCUCGAUCUGAGUACAGCAUACCAUUUCGGCAAAGGGCUAAGCCGUCUCCACCCCAGAAGUUUCUCGACCAAUCAAAAGUAUGUUUUUGAAUACGGUACCUAAGAUUCUCUUGUAUAUAUGGUUAAUUAUCUUGCUGGGUUGCUGUGUAGUUUGCAAAAGGCUUUUAUCACAACUGUAAUUUAUCAAUUUUUCAGCAUCGCUCAAACAAUCACCUUUUCUCGAGACAUGACAACAGACAUGCUCAUGCUAACGAGGGAAACUUAGAAGCAUAUUUUGGCAUGGUAAGAAAUUUUAUUUGUCUUAAUAACAACCAUUAUCUCUUAUAUGUCUUAAUGGGCAUUCCAUUAUGUCUUAGCGAGCAUCUUAACAUAUGUCUUAAUGGGCAUUUCAUAUGUGUUAUAUGUCUUAACGACCCUUAUCUGUCUUAACGAGUGUCUUAAUAAGCAUGUAAGCAAGGAUAUUAACUCCUAUUAUAUUAAGAUACUUGUAUUAAGAUAAGUAUCUUAACAUAUCUUACCUAGUAUUUUAACGAGCACAUUAGCACCUUAAUGAGCACAUUAGCACCUUAACAAGCACAUCAACAAACACUUAGCAAAUUAUAUGCCAAUUUUCAUUCAAUAUUCUGGGCAUCUAUCAAAAAGCCUCACAGGCAAAUCCGAAUGCUUACAUAACAUCUCUAACGCAGGGUCUUGGCAAGAGAAAAUCCAACAACUACCAACGCAAUAAAAACACAAAGGACCUGCUUACAUGGUCUGAUCGCAGUGAACCGCUUGUCUCAACAUAUCGUUCACAGUUCUCUCUAACACCCAAGCCGAGAGAGUUGUGCAACGACCAGGAACCAUUACACAUUAGAGGUAACCUUGGCACACAACGUCGGCAACUAAGGGUCCGGACGACCAUUCCACCUAGGGCAAAAACAGCACCUCUUUUAGCAUGGAAUUCCACAGAUGAGUUUCUUGAAUUUAAACCCUUGGUUGGCUGCCGUAGUAACCGAUACGCAGAUCUCACUGCCACUCAAAAUUCUAUUUAUGGUGUCUCAUCGAUUUCACCAAAUCGAAAACCAGUUUCAAAUACUGUCAUACAAGAAACUGUCAUGCCACUCAACAAUACUGUGUAAUAUUUCAUGACUAGUAACAUGGUUUCCAGUCAAAUUAUUUUGAAUGGUGUUGAGGGAAUCAUUAAAUAUUUAUAAUCAAGUUGUAAAAGAAAUUUGAACUUCUAGUCACAUUCUUUUGGAUUGCACUUUUGCUCUUGUUUUAACAGGGAAAUAGUCUGACAGGUGUGCCCUCUGAGAAGGGGCUUUACCUAUUUCUUCUUUUUACGGAAUACCCCCAGGGAAAUCUUCCACUCAAGCAUUCAAUGCAUCAUUCUGUAAAUGUUUAUUUGUUUCUCAAUUUAACUAUAUAUGCUCAGCUGGUCAUAUGUUGUUUCAAUAACUGAAUCUAUUACAUUCCUCCAGAAAGUGUCAAUUUUGCUACAGAGCCUUGUUUUCGUGAUCAAGAUGUUGGGCUUCAACUAAUGUCACACAUACACAAAAUGGGUCGUUCCAGAAAAGAUCCACACUCCCCCCACGGAGGAAAUUUCUGCCGUCCGAAGGGGGAGGGGAGACAAAAUUGUUUCUGAUAAUAGUAAAUGUAUUAGGACAUCCAAAGGGGGUAGGGGGGUUAACUUCCAAUUUCCUCCGUGGGGGUGGUAUGGAUGUUUUCUGGAAUGACCCAAUUGGGUCUCUAUAGCCAAAGUGACAUAUACUAUCUGAAAAGGUUUAUUAAUGUGGGUUUUAGUACCAGUACAACCUUUUAAAAGCUGGGGGGUUUUUCAUAAAUUUUAUUUCAUUUAAAUUAAAAUAAUUACAUUUUAUACAUAUCUAAUACAUCAAUCUGAGAGUAACUUCUAAUAAAUUAAUAUAACGAUAAACUUUGUUCUAAUAAAUUAUUAUAAUAAACUUUGCAUUCAAGAUAUAUGUUUUUGCCUUAAUUUACAAUGAUCCUCGCCUCGCCACUUCCAACUUCUAUGGGCAAACAUUCCUGAUGAUUAAAUCUUCCUUUACACUCGUAACCAUCAGGGCAAGGACACCAUCCCUAGAAAACAUAGCAAAGUUGAAUGUUUUGUGUUUAAUGCCUUUGCACAAGUGCCACCCAGCCCGCCAGCUUAGCAACGGGGGAAUGCCCCCCUUACCCAUCUGGUCUGGCUACACCCCUGCAGCCAGCCAGUGAUCAGAAUUGACGGAAUAUUCCAUCAUUGCC